AUGGUAGAGCUGACGGGCCGGCUCAGACAGAUUGAGUAUUUCUUCAACGGCAAGACACAGGAUGAGGAGCAGCUCAAGGCGAAGCAGCAAGGGAGCAUUGUGCAGAGGAUCAAGCGGAUUGAAGAUGGUCUGAAAGCGUUGUCGGCCAAGACAAGCUUGAUAGCGGAGGUAGAACAGCUGCGUCUUCGCCAUCCCGAGCUUGUCUAUCCGCCAAAACCAAAGCAAUACAGGGAGGAAGACCUUCAAUUCCCAGAACCACUGCAGCAUCUCGACUUUGUCAUGGAGAGCGCUCCAGGCUAUCCAGCACUGGCUUCACAACUCAAAGCCCUGAAGGACAUGAUGCCAUUGCCCAAGACGGAAACGCUAGCACACCUGGUCGAACUACAGCCGCGGAUUCAGGCCAUGUCCGAUCGUCAGGUGCAACAGGCGCUGGAGAUAUCAGAGUUGAGGAAGAGGACGGAGUGUGCUAUCAUCAGCUGGAGCGAAAUUCACAUCCUGGGGGUCGGCAGAUGUUUCGUCGAGUUCGACAAGCGGUUGAGGGAGGUGGAGCGCACGGUCAGGCGGAAGGAGUUCAAGCUGGAGCAAGAAGAGAGUGAGACUUGA